CACAAACGCCGGGACACAAAUUCCGUCCGCAUGCCAGCGAGCACAGAAUAAAAGCAGACGGAGCUUACAAGUUGCCUGCCUGUAUGUGGUGUGAGAGAGACGACCAUGGAGGACACCAGCACGGAGGAGGAUAUUGAGUCCCUGAUCGAGGGCUUGGCAUACAUCCCUGGCCAUUUUCACCUGCCGCUGCACCUGAACGAGGAUGUGGGUGGAUCGGCCGCCCUCCGCCACCGUGACACGCAGCUCAAGCGGGAAAGCCUGCGGGCCGAGCUGGAGGUCGAAGCUGGGGAGCUGCAGUACGCUGUCCGCAACAUGCUGGGCUUCCUGGCCUACCACCUGGACGAGAUGGAGGCGGCCGAGGAAGCCUUCCGCAGAGUCUGCCAGGAGUCGCCGGGAAACCUCAAUGCCUGGGCCAACCUGGCCCACGUGUACGAGCGUCUCGGCUGCGAGCAGGAACAGGGGGAGUGUCUGGAGCGGGUGGCCGCGCUCAUGGGCACAGAGACGGAUGAGGGCCAGGCAGAGUGCAGGCUCAGGACAGCUCAGUGUCUGGCAGAGCAGGCCUUCGCCCAUCCUCAUGAUGUGGAUCUGGGGCAAGAUGAAGAUCUCCAGGAGAGGCUGACUGCUGCACUGGCACUGUAUAACCGUGCACUCCAUUAUGGAGGUGAUCUGGUACCUACAGAAGAAAAAUGGAGCUGGUAUUUCAAAAUGGCAACAAGUUACAUAAGAUUAAGUGGUAUUGUCAAAGAUCCAAAGGAUUUGGAGUCUGCCAGGCUUACCUACUUCAACAAAGCUCUCAAAUUGCUAAAAGACACUCUGAAAUCAGACAAGACACACCUGAAAGCUCUUUCCUGGUGUUAUAUUGGUCUCAUGCUGGAGAAGAUAGAGGAGUUCCCCACUGUACCGAUGUCAGUUCACGACUGUGGCCUCUCUGGCUCUGACCCACUGUCAUGUUAUGGAUCGGGCAUUAAACUGGCCACAGAUGACGCCUUUACAUUGAACCAGCUAGCCAAUGUAUUUUUUUGGUCAGGGAAAUAUGAGAUGGCAAUAGGUAUCUGCAACAUGGCCCUGACCACCCUGCCUGACCCAGAACUGAACUGGCAAGCCUACUGCACCCGGGCGAAGCUUAAGGUCACAGGCUAUGUGAAGUCCUUGGAAAGGGCAAAGCAGAGCUUGGAAGGGAGUCCUGACCGGCAGGACCUGAAAGAGGCGCAUGCUGACCUCAAGCAGGUGCUGAGUGUCCGGCCCUGUCUGAGAACCCACCUGGAGAUGGGGCAGGUUUUUUACUACAUGGGUGUGGACGCGCUGCAGGAGAGCCUAAUGGUGGACGAGAUGGCAGUGAACCAGGCUCUGGUCAGCCUGGCCCAGGCCCUGCAGUGCCCGCUAGGCACCUCCCUUCCGGAGCUGCAGCUGCUGCGUGGCCGCUGCCUGCUGCUCAAAGGGGAGGAGCAGAAUGCCAUCGACUGCUUCAGACGGGCCCUGGAGCUGGAGCGGCCCGGGAACCAGGAGACGGUGGCCCUGUCUUCCCUGCUCUGUGCUCUGCUGGACAGCUUCUUGCAGAACUCAGCGGACCUAAGCCGCUGCAUAGACCAGCUGGAGGAGUGCGUGCAGCAGGCCGAGGGCAGGCUGGGCGCCGGUGCUGUCAAGACCGAGCUCAGACGGCUGUGCCGCGAACGCACCGAGGAUGUGGCUGAGCUGUCCAGGGAGCUGGUGAAGAGGGGCAAGUUGGGAAUGGUGAGGAGGCUCCUGCAGACUUUACAACCUCCAGGAAAACCCUCCAUACUUGGAAGGUCUCUGUCUGUGUGAGAGGAAGUGGAGGAGGAGCUGGAAGCCAGAUUGCCUCCCUAACAUGGACUCUUUGGUUGCUAAGGGGAUAAAUUAUGUCGGAUGAGAGUGACGAUGUACAAGAAAGAUGACUUUUUUUUUUUUAUCUGAGAAUGAUUUACAAUGUAGAGUACAAUUGUUACUAAUUGUGUAAUACUGAGGUCAAGCCUAAAUUAUACAAGGCAGAAUUUGACAUAAUAGUGAUCUUUACUUUCCCUCAGUUAUGAACAACAAAAAAUAUUUUUAUCUCCCAAGUACUGGCUGUUUUACCUGGGAUUAUUUAUUAAUU